AUGGAAUAUAGUGAGCAUCAUGUACCUAUUCUUUAUGGUCCACAAAUUCCUCGACGGGAUCGUGACGAUACUCGAGAACGAUAUAGUCGAGUUCUUCUCACACUUUUCGUACCUUGGCGCACCGUUACAGAUCUUUGUGGCAUCAAUCAAACAUGGGAAGAUGCUCUUAAAUCUCGACAAAAUCGUAUUUCCAUUCGUUCAUGGGAGAUCAUAGAAAAUAUUCAACUUUUACAUGAAUGUAAAAAAGAUCGCGAUGAACAUUUACUUCAAAUUAUCGCUGAAGCUCAAACUGAUAAUGAUGCAAUCGAUCCUAUUCUUUUGCCUGCAAAUCAAGAUAUUGAUGGCGAACAUGAUGCGGACGACAGUGAAGACUUAUUAGAAUUACUAGGCAAUAUAGAUGAAUACACAACUGCAGCGACUAAUGCAACGAAAAAACCAACAGAAGAUAAAUAUAUUGAAGAAACUAUUGAAGCAGUCAAAAAUGUUGGACGAUUUAGUCAUAUAAAUACUCAUCAUCAGUCUUCUUCAAAUGAAUCUAUUAAUUAUGUAAAUCAACAGCUUGUACCGUUCAUUUCUGCAACGCCAAAUCUUAUUCGAUUAAAUACAAAAUGGCAAGAACAACUGAAGACUGAAAAAGAACGAGUCAGAAAAAGUUUAAUUACAGGCAACUACGCCAAUGCAGAUGAUACAUUAGAUUUACAUGCUGCAAAAGAUGCUGUUGUAACAGUGGUGAAUCCAAAUAAUUAUAAUAAAAACAAUUUUGAAAACUAUGGCUCAAUUCUUCCAGUCGUUUCAGUCGCAACUAACUUUCCCACUCAAAAAACCAUCGCUGAUGAAUUUACAUUAAAUAGAGAACAACGAGCUGCAUUCAUGAUAAUAACAAGCCAUCUUGAUGGGGACAGCCGAUGUCGAACAGGUGAUAAUAAUGAUCAACUUAUAAUGUGCAUACCUGGAUGUGGCGGUACAGGCAAAUCACAACUUAUUCGUGCUCUCAGCAAAUACUUUCUUGUUACGAAAAGGAUGCAAAUGAUGCGAAAGCUUGCACCAACUGGAAUUGCUGCUGCUGAAAUAGGUGGUAUGACAAUUCAUUCAUUUUUGGGUGAACAACGUAAUUCCGGAAAGCCACGAACUAUCAAGCCAGGUGAUUUAAAACUCGAAAAAGAAUGGAGACUCGUCGAAUACUUAUUAAUCGAUGAAAUGAGUAUGGUUGGUUUGAAUUUACUAGCAAAACUCAAUCGAAUCAUUUGCUCUGCAAAACAUGUCGAUCCACAGGUGCCAUUUGGCGGUGUAAAUGUUAUCUUUUUCGGUGACUACUUACAAUAUCGACCUGUUUAUGAUGCACCAUUGCACACCGAUUUUUCAUUACCAUCCAAAAAGAAAUCUGGUAAACUACCCACAGAAAAAGAAAUUCAACAACGUGUUGCCCGUUCUUUAAUUCUUCAAAUUAAUUGUGUGGUAAAACUUACUCAACAAAUGCGAACAGAAGAUCCACGGUACCUUCAACUACUCGAACGACUUCGUCGUGGACAAUGUAAUUACGACGAUUAUGAAUUAUUGUUAACACGCGUUGUUGGACAAUCAUCAGUAGGAUCUCUACGUGAUUCACCUUGGAAUAAAGCACCGAUUCUUGUGUUUCGAAAUGAAGUACGAACACAAUUGAACAACAAAGCAGCAAUUCACAAGGCAGCAGAAAUGGGACAAGCACCAAUUGUAUGUGUCGCUCAAGAUACUUGCAAAGGCAAAUCAAUUGAAGAUCCGACACUCGUUAAAAAAUUGCUAGAAUUAUCCGAUAGCAAAACAGAGCAUCUACCGGGUUUGCUGCCUCUUGUUCCUGGAAUGCCUGUUAUUUUAACACAAAACGUUGCUAUUGAAUUGGGCCUUAUUAACGGAAUGAAUGGAGUCUUUCGACAACUUGUCUAUGAAGAAGACUCUGUGUCAACAGAAGUUCUUUCCGAAACAUUUCCAAGCAAUACACAAUACAUUCGUAAACCUUCAUAUGCAUUAAUUGAAACUGUGAAAUCGAAGAUCGAAUGUAAUCUUGAACAACUGCAAACAAAUCUUGUUCCGAUACCGUUAAUGGAACAAACAUUUCGAAUUGAUAUUGGCGAUGUUCUACCAAAAGAUAAGAGACCAAAAUCAAAUCGAAAGGCAAUUUUAUCAAUAAAGCGGCGUGCACUACCACUUGUACCUGCUUAUUGUAUUACGACACAUAAAAGUCAAGGCCAAACUUUAAAUAAUGUUGUAAUUGAUUUGAAACUGCCAAAUGAAACUGAUGACAUUGCUGCAAUUUAUGUACCAUUAUCACGUGUAAAACGCUUGGCUGAUUUGGUCAUUUUGCGACAUUUUGACUACAAGGUUUUAUUAAUCAAACCAAGCUGUCCAAGUCAAUUGAAUAUCCCAAAUCCACUAGUAACUGGCAAGUAUAAUAUCGAAAAUACAGUUAAACAUAAUUUAAAUUGUGAAUUACAAUCAUCAAGCAUUCCAAUGAACUCGUGGAAUAAUUGUGAUACAUCAUUAAAUCAAAAUUAUUUGACGCAAAUGAUGCAAUCACUUUCAACAGCUGUCAGAAAAUUAGAACAAACAGAUGCAAAAAUUGAAUCGGUUCUUCUUCGACAAGAACAGAAGAUUGAUUUAAUUUUGACAAUACUUCAACAGAUUGUACCAUCACAUACAUUAGAUAAUCAAAGCAAUCAACAAUGUGUUCAGUCAGGACCAGAAAAACAUAUGUGUAAUUCACCAUUGAGUAUCGGUGCAAUAGAAAUGGAUUGUCAGACUCAAGAAAUAUUUCAAACAGUAGAGGCAUCGACAAAUGGAAAUGAAAAUUUUAUGCAAGAUAAUCAAGAGAAUUAUACUGCACCUUUAUCAUAUGACUCAGCUUUUACUGCUUUUAACUGCGAUCAAAUUUCAUUUGGAUUUACGACAAACAAUAGAUUAAAUUCUAAUACUCAAUCAUUAAUUUCCUUUGAUGACAUUGAAAAAUCUCCAUCGACCAAAAUUCAAGGCAAUAUUCAUCAAACAACUCGGUGUCAUGAUUCAUGUGUCAGAAGAGAAGAACAAGCAUUAGUUCCAUUUACUACCAUCGAUCAAAGAAAAACUAAGAAAAAAAAUCAAUUAAAACGUAAUGAAAAAUCGAAGAAAAAUUCGAUAGAUUUCCAAUCAUUGUGUCAUUUACCUCCAGUUAAUGAAAUUCAAGUGAACAACCAUGAAGCAGGAUCUACUGAAAUUUGUUUACUUCAUCCACUCAAAGAACGACUCAGUCCAAAAACAGAUAGGAUUACUAAAUUAAAAGAUUGUUUUGGGGAAACUCCAAUUUUAGUCGUAUGUGGUGAUGGUUUACCUGACAACAUUUCUAUGAAAUUAGCCAUAACAAGUGAAUCACCGACAGGUCGUUAUUACAGUGUCUAUCAAUUUUCUCAAAAAUCAGGUGAAGACAAGUCUAUCAUUGAUCGUUCGAUCAAAAAAUAUUGGAAUAAGACCAACAUGCUUGAACUCAAAAACUUGAAAGUACAUAAAAGAUGCGACAACAAAAUGAAAGAUAGAAACACUUAUAUACUUGAAUCUUAUCCAUCAGGUGAUGAAAUAGAUACUGCAAUAAAUGUUCAAAAAAUUGUAAAUCGUGAAUAUAAUCUUAAAGAUUUACAACUUGCUAUUCGCUUUUUUCCAAAGAACUCAUUAGAACCAUUGCAAAUUGAUUUCCUUUCAAACAAAAUUUCUACAGUAUCGAAGGGACAACAUAAACUUCAUGUUUUAAACAUUUUGAUUGAAAGUCCUAAUGGAAAUACAGUAUUUUUUGAUCCUUAUAAUAAAUGUCAGAUGAGAUUGUCAGUAGAAAUUCCAGAAAUUUUUCAUUGUACACUUGGAACACAUUGGAAAUGGUUACAAAUAUCAAUAAUUGCCAACAAUCAACAAAGUGCUACUUAUUCUAUUGACUUAGGAGAUAGACUUGGCAAUAGAAAUCCAAAUUAUUACAAUAUUCAAGAAAAAUCGUUCGAGUGA